CUCUCACUCAGUUCGCUGGUAGCGUUCACACGAAGCGUAAGUGGUUAUAGUGGUCAGUGGUGGUUACAAAUUGGAUAACGUAAAUAUAUUUAUAGGGGUUCGAGUUCAGUAUGAACAAGUCAUCAACUCAGCAAUUUUAAUAUUCAGUUUACAAUACUAUUUGGCGUAAAGAAACCGAAUGUUAGAUGUGUUAAAGAUAACAAGUUUUAAAGGCGCGCCUUAAUUGAAUAUGACUUUCAUCUCACAUACAUUCAAAAGUGCUCCCCUAACGUUUUGUAAUGAUCAUACCGUAAUAUAUAGGUUAACAUUUCAUGGACUUUAAUCGAUGAUUUGGCAUGUGACACAAUGAUUGCAAAUAGUGUCACGCCAUGGAAUGAGAUAAUACAUUUAUUCAAUGGAACUUAACAUUUUCGUCCUUCUUUUCCUCUCCCAACAAGUUUCUUCAAGCACAAGAAAGUACGCAAUGAACGAUCUCCAGCAAGAGUUGUCUACUCCAGGGACAGGACCGACUUUUGACACUUCUGUUCCUGGCAACCUGACGGGUCUGGUAGGCAAGACAGCUUACCUAAACUGUCGAGUCAAGAACCUAGGAAACCGAACGGUAUCCUGGGUACGACACAAGGAUAUUCACCUAUUGACGGUGGGUAGAUACACAUACACUAGUGAUCAGAGGUUCGAGUCCGUGCAUUCACCUCACACAGAAGACUGGACACUACGGAUACGAUAUCCUCAGAAGGAAGACUCAGGGACAUACGAGUGCCAGAUCAGCACAACGCCUCCCAUAGGUCAUCCUGUGUAUCUUAGUAUAGUUGAGCCGACGACGGAGAUCCUGGGUGGUCCUGAGAUGUUUAUCAACAUCGGCAGUACAAUCAACCUCACAUGUAUCGUAUCCUUCACCCCUGAGCCCCCGCCUACAAUAUUAUGGAGACAUGACAGAAAGCUGAUCAAUUUCGAGAACAGCCGAGGAGGAAUCAGUUUAGUCACAGAGAAGGGAGCAGUCACAAGGAGUAGACUGUUGAUCCAGAAGGCCGACAAGGCGGACAAUGGUCUUUACUCCUGCGAUCCUACCACAGCAGCAGCCAACACUAUACACGUCCAUAUAUUAAAUGGAGAGCACCCAGCAGCCAUGCACCAUGGCCACGGCAGUAGUCACUUCGGUCCUCCGGUGUUCGCAGCACUGCUACUGUCAUUGUUGUCCAACGUCCUCGUCUACCCAUUGAUGCUGUGAGGUCGUUAAGAAGUGGCCACUGGCCUGCCACUACUGCAGUUCUGGACCUUCCUCAGUGUCAAGUCACCAGCCACUACAACACGUCUGGGCCUAAGAGAUUGCCAUGUCAUGAGCCACUAAUGCAGUUUUGGGGUCAAGAGAUUGUCAAGUCAUCAGCCACUACUUUAAUUCUGGUCCUGCAUAACUUUUUGUCAAGAAAUUAGGCACUGCUGAAAUUUUUUGGCAUACAUCAGUUAUGGGUCGUUGUCAGGAUUCAAACCCCGAAUUGAGCCGCAGGCCUACGCCAUUGUCAACCCACUUAUCUAUAUCACAGUUUUGGACCUACAUAUUCGUAAUGUCAAAAUCCAAAAAAUAAAGUUAUUGAAGUGCUGAAUCGUAAAAGCUAAGAAACCUGUAAUUUCUGCAAAACUUCUAGGCCUUACAGUUUGUCAAAGUCCUACAAAUCGUCCUUAUGAAAAUUCAAUAUGCUUCAUUUUGUUAAUAUAUUUAUCGUAAUGCAUUAAAAUCUGAGUCAUGUAACGGCAAAACCAAGUUUAAUUUUUUUCAAUUACAAAACAAUGUAAGCUUGUCAAUUAUAACUUUUUUCUAUGUUUAUCCAACGGCGUCCCCAUUUUCUUGACAAAUAAUCUUGCUAAUUGGCCUUUAAAUCACAAUUGACUAAAUUAUAUGUUGUGACUUACAUAGACUCGAACCUAAAACGGAAGAGACAAUUUAGCAGAAACCCAGCAGAAGUUUAUCCAAUCAGUUCACCAAGGAUAAAUAGGAUAUUAUAAACAACUAUAAACUGAAAGGCCUAAAAUAAAAUUGAAAAACCCCUUAAAAGUUGUAUGGUGAAUUGUUGUGGUAAAAUGGACAGUGAACAAACCUUUUGCUAACUACUCAAUGUUUAGUUAUGAACUUUGACAUUUGACAUUUUUGAUUGUGAUCAAGGUUUUAUCAGUAAACUAGUUUAUUUGUACUAAUAAAAUAUUUUAAAAUC